GAUCUCGCCCGACAUUUGACUUGACACUGUCGGCGGACCCAACAUCAUAAAAAAAUAACAAGGACCGACGCACACGAGAGUGAGAGAACGAAAACAUAGAUAGAUUUAGCAGAUCGUGAGCGGGAUUUGUCCAUCGAGUUACCAGCUUCCCAGCAGCUACCGCAUAUCGUGAAUCUGGGUGUGAUGUUUAUUCGAAAAAAACUGUGAUCUCGGAUUUCCCGGAUUGGUCAUUCGAUCAACCUGACAUAUUCACAAUCAAUGGACGUGAUUUAAAGCGAGUUCUUGUGUUCUCAAAUUCUCAUUCUCACGCGAAUGAUCUACAGUUUUUUCUUUCGAAUACACGAUAAAGCUGACGCAGUUUUCAUCUUCACCCACGAAUUUUAUACAAAUCGAGUUGUCGAAACUACUGUGUUGUGUUAGGUGCUGGGUGUAAUAAAAUCCGAAAAAACAACGUUUGGCUAGUACCAGCACAGCCGAGUACCCAAGCAAGCGGUUUUUUUUAUCGUUUCAUCGUCUUUUCUUUGUCUUUGACAAGUGAAAAAGUCUUUUCAACAUGUACAAAAAUGGACCUCCGCCUUCUUAUGACGAGCCCCCUCCAUCCGCACCACCCAGCUACUUCCAGAGUUUGGGCGGAGUACCACCAGCCAGUCCGUUCACACCUGCUCAGACUUAUGCAAAUGGACCUACAAUUUUAACAACAAUAGUCCCGUUGGGACCAGGACCAACUCACACAAUUUGUCCCCAAUGCCAUUCGGAGAUUGAUACAGCGACAAAGACAGAGCCAGGAAUGAUUGCAUAUAUCUCUGGGAUGGUAAUCGCUCUUUUAGGGUGUUUUCUGGGCUGCUGUCUAAUUCCAUGUUGUAUCGAUGAGUGCAUGGACGUUCAUCAUACCUGUCCAAACUGCAAAACUUAUCUGGGACGACACAGGAGAUAAUUCAUCGUGUCUACGGGAGUCGCUGCGUUCUGGUCAUUACAACGGGACCACCGCACUAUGUGUGGGAUAUUUCCUUCAUUACCCACACUUGUGGAAAAAAACAGAUCGAUAAGAAACAGCAGAAUUGUGGAUUCUGUAUCGAUUUAAAAAGAAAAAAAUCCGCUACCCCGGCACCGUCGCUCGCUUCUGGUUUUGUCGAAGCAAAAACAUCAUAUCAAAAGGAUUCAUUUGAAUCGAAUUCAACGAUCUAGCAUUCGCCAUAACGUGCUCACGAUUUCAUCAAAUCUAUUUGUUCGAUCAAAAAGUUUUAGAAACCACAUUGAGAUACACAUUUGAAAUAAGUUAACCCUUAUGAACAUUGAGAGCACUUUUUUUGAAUAAUUGUAAUAAUAUUAAUUCCACAAAGUUAUCUCCACCCAAUAUCAGAAAAAUAUGGUUUCAGUUACACAAUACGUAUUAUUUUAUUUCAUUUUUUCAAGCGUGCACAAUUUUUUUUCCUUUUUUAUUGAAAGAUCCUUGUUUUGACUUUCUUUGAAAAAAAAAACAACUAAUGCGUAUUCAGGAUAAAAAACAGUGAAUAGUAAUGAAUUCUUUGACGCGAUUAUAAACAGAUGACAUAAGUAUUGGAUACAAUCGAAUCCAGAAUGUUAAUACGGAAGGGUUAAUAUCAUUAUUAUUAUUGAUUAGCCUUUAUUCGAAUGUUGUUUAUGCUCGACAUUUGAACACUCGUUUUCGAAUGUCCAAGAAAAUUGGAGUCCCCAAUUAUUGUAAUUUCUCUAUGACUAGUAUAAGUCUCGUUGACGUUACAAACAAAAUGAAUCUCACUUCUAUUUAGCCCAAUACUUGUCAAAAUAGGUAUCUAUAACGCUUUGUAAUUUUAUUCAAAAUUAAUUUUUUCAUUAAAAAAAAGCUUUUUCGAUUACUCCCUUUAGAAUUAAAAAAAAAUAGUAAUAAUAAUUUUGUCAUGACUCUCGCAAAAAACUGUGCCUUUAUCGAAAAUAAUAUUUGAACUUGCUUCUUCCGAUGUAUACUAUGAGUAAUGCUUCUCAUUACUUUCGAAAAUUUCGCUGAAUUAUCAGCAUCUCAUAUUUGUUCUAACAACAAAACACGAAUCUCUAUACGACCGCUUAAUAUUGAAUAAGUAGACAAAAUGAGGAAAUACACUGGAAAUACAUUCCAGCAAAUUGUUCAUUUGCCCCACAUAUUUAACUUCCCAUACAAUUGAAAAAAAAAAAAUAUUUUUUCUCACAUUCGAGUCAUCAUCUAUUAUAAGAUUCACCCUCGAACUUGAGUCAAUUCAGUUGCACACAAAUUGUGCGCGAGCUUCGAUACAACUUUUUUCGUGUUGAUAUUUAAAUUGACAAAAAUUCGCUGUUAUUUUUGUCUCGGGUGCCUUAUAGUAAUAAUAAUAUUAUUAUUAUUUUUAAUAACACUACACGUGCCUUAUACCAAUAUAAAAAAAUGUUAGCAUUGCAGUAUAUGUACCAGAGCCAAUGAACGUUUUGGAUCGAAUUAUGUCAAAAUUCGACUCAUAACUAUUAUGCACAUAAUAUCUUCGUGAAUUAUAAAUUGCAUCUUUGGUAUGAAAUAUACGUGGUAAAUUGAGGAAUUGAUUUAUAUAGAGGUAGCUGAGCUCGACGAUGCGCUAGUCAAAUAAGUCUUGUACGUGCGAGAAUAUAUAUUUCAAUCAACAACAAUCGACACUAUCCAAUUAUCAUAGGUUUGAUAUGAAGUAAUCAUUGUCAGCAAUUAAUUAUUUCUGACGUGUUAACGUCGAAUAUUGUCCAGUACGUUUGACUUGUUCAAUUUUUCAAGAAAUGUGCAACCAUACACUACUCGUUCUGUUUUUUUUCCACUUUUCACCUUUCAUAAAUUGGAGGGUGUUUUCUAUUUGCUUCACAUAAUCAUCGCACUGUGUUCAUCUACAGCCUCAUUUUUCAAACAUAUCUGCAGAUUAGUUCUUUUAUAUUUAUCAAAUAAUGCGUACAAUAUGUAUAUUGGACAUGAAAAAGAAAAAAGUGAGGUGAAAUAGCCAGUCGCCACUGUCGCCAGCUAUGCACUGUUAGUUGCUGGAUUGUAUAAGUUGGGAAGCGUGUAGAAAAUGGUCUUGUUGCACUCUUCCGUAUCCAAGAAUAAUGAAGAUGGGGCAAUUACGCGUAGCAGGUGAUUAGGUAUUUUCUUUCUCCUAUAUUUGGAACAAACGGAAUUCAAAUUGCACAGGGGCAAGACUAAAAUAUUUGUUUUCGUUCUUUAAUUGAACGGAAUUACAAUUAUGUAUUAGCUGAGUAUUUUUUUCUUUUUGUUAUCAAUCUUGCACUUCGCAUCAACUCGAUUGGUAUACAAAUAUAUGCUGACAAAGUUUACAGACUAUGAUAUAUUUGGAUAUACAUUUACAAAGCAACUGUACGAAUGAAUAGAAGAAACCUUUGCGAUAUUUACAAAUGCAGCAGUAACAAAAAUCAAGCGCCAUUUACAACAAAAUGUAUAAUCAAUUUAUAUAGAAUUGUAUUACACACAUUUUAUAACAACAAAUAUUUACCAGCAAAAAUAUACGUUUGUCUAAAAAUGA